CUCACAAGGCUCACAGAGACUCGUCUUACAAACUUCCAAAUCCUGGAUUUCUUCUUUGGUUUCCUUUUAUUGGAGUGAAAAUGCGGAUGAGCUGUAAUGGAUGUCGAGUUCUACGAAAAGGGUGUAGCGAGAAUUGCACUAUUAGACCUUGCUUGCUGUGGAUUAAGAGCCCUGAAUCACAAGCCAAUGCCACUGUCUUUCUCGCCAAGUUUUAUGGCCGUGCCGGACUCAUGAACCUCAUCAACGCCGGCCCUGAACAUCUUCGUCCUGCGAUUUUUAGGUCUCUGCUUUACGAGGCAUGCGGGCGGAUCGUGAAUCCAAUUUACGGGUCGGUUGGGUUGUUGUGGUCAGGAAGCUGGGAGCUCUGCCAGGCGGCUGUGGAGGCCGUGCUCAAGGGAGCUCCGAUAACUCCGAUCAACUCCGAAGCUGCGGCGAAUGGCAACGAGCCGCCGCUUAAGGCCUACGACAUCCGCCACGUUUCAAAGGACGAGAACUCCGCCGCGUCCAAUGAUCUUCACAGGGUCAAAACCCGGUGCAGAGUCAAGCGGGCCGUGAUCAAGCCCAAGGCAAUUAAACCCGUCCCGGUUAACGAGACCCCCAACUGGAGAGCGAGUUACAUGGAAGAGUUGAACCGGUCAACGAGUCAUGAAUCGUCGGUUAGCCACCAGUCCGUGGGCGCGAAUGUCGUUGAUGGAGAGAGCAAGGAGACCGAGAGCAUGAUCUCCGUCGAGACAGCCGAACCGUCAAUGCUGUUCCUGGCCGACCCGGAGUCCGGUGUGGACCGAAAUGAGGGAGCUCGGAAUGGGACCGACCUUGGGCUGGAACUGACACUGGGGUUGGAACCUCUGUCACGUGAGCAUCACGUGAUACCGGUGAAGAAGAGGAGGACCGAGGCUUAUGAUGUGGACGCGUGUAAGAUGGAGCUAGGCUUUUAAUACCCGGCCGAGAGAAGCCCAAGAAGAAUCCAAAAAGCCUUCGUCCAGUUUUGGCGGCUCGUGUUAAGCUUUGUUUGUUUACGUGCAAAAGAGUUUUGUCCUUUUCUGCUCUUUUCUUUUUAGUUUUGUCAUGUAAAAAUGUUUACAUGAACAGAAAUGGUAAUUCAUAGAUCUCCUUC